AUGCGUGGUUGCUUCCGCUCUCAUUUCCCUCGCUGCUAUGCUGUUGUCUCCAAACUGCAGAAGAAGAAGAAGGUUAAACAGGAAGCUCCAGGCUUCAGUCUGGGCCUCCAGGCCACUGUGGUACAGGACACGGGUGCGUACGAUGGCGUGAGGAGGGUAAUGUUCGGACAUGGACUGGGCUACUGGCUACACAGGCUGCUAUUGGUGGAUGCCGUUUCUUACCUCACAGACAGGAAGUUGUCACUUGGGCUGUCCGCCCACAUCCUGGUUGAUAUUGAUGACAUCUUCGUUGGGAGAGGGACGAGGAUGAAUGCUAAGGAUGUCAAGGCUCUCCUGGAUACACAGAAUCAGCUGCGGUCCCAGAUCUCAAACUUUACCUUCAACCUGGGCUUCUCUGGGAAGUUCUACCACACAGGUACCGAGGAGGAGGACGAGGGGGAUGAUGUCUUGCUGAGGAACGUGGAUGAGUUCUGGUGGUUUCCUCACAUGUGGAGUCACAUGCAACCUCACCUCUUCCACAACCAGUCCUCCUUACUGGAGCAGAUGAUCCUCAACAAGGAGUUUGCUCUGGACCACGGCAUCCCCGUGGACAUGGGCUACGCAGUAGCGCCCCACCACUCGGGGGUGUACCCGGUCCACCUGCAGCUGUACGAGGCCUGGAGACGAGCCUGGGGCAUCAGGGUGACCAGCACCGAGGAGUACCCGCACCUCAAGCCUGCUCGUUACCGGCGAGGCUUCAUCCACAGAGACAUCAUGGUUCUCCCUCGUCAGACCUGCGGCCUGUUCACACACACAAUCUACUAUAAGGAGUACCCCGGAGGGCCGAAGGAGCUGGACAGAAGCAUCAGAGGAGGAGAGCUGUUCAUGACCGUGCUGCUCAACCCGGUUAGCAUCUUCAUGACCCACCUCUCCAACUAUGGGAACGAUCGUCUGGGCGUCUACACCUUCGUCCACCUGUCAUCCUUCCUCAGGACCUGGACCAACCUCAACCUCCACACCCUCCCUCCCCUCCAGCUGGCUCACAAGUACUUCACCCUCUUCCCCGACCAGAAGCAGCCCCUUUGGCAGAACCCAUGUGAUGACAAGAGACACAAAGACAUCUGGUCAAAAGAGAAGACAUGUGAUAGGCUACCCAAGUUUAUGGUUAUAGGACCACAGAAGACAGGCACGACCGCUCUCUAUCUCUUCCUCCUGAUGCAUCCCUCCAUCUCCAGUAACUUCCCCAGCCCCAAGACGUACGAGGAGGUGCAGUUCUUCAACACCAACAACUACCACAAAGGACUGGACUGGUACAUGGAGUUCUUCCCCGUGCCCUCCAACGUGACCACUGACUUCCUGUUUGAGAAGAGCGCCAACUACUUCCCCUCGGAGGACGCUGCCAGGCGGGCAGCCGCGCUGCUCCCCAAGGCCAAGAUCAUCACCCUGCUCAUCAACCCCUCGGACAGGGCCUACAGCUGGUACCAGCACCAGAGGGCUCACGAGGACCACGCCGCGCUGCGCUUCACCUUCUAUGAUGUCAUCAGUGCGCGCCGGGGGGCGCCGGCUGAGCUGCGCUCACUGCAGAGUCGCUGUCUGACCCCAGGGCUCUAUGCCACACACAUAGAGAGGUGGCUGUCCCACUACCCUGCCAACCAGCUGCUGAUCAUUGAUGGACAGCAGCUGAGAGGGGACCCAGCAGCAGUGAUGGACGAGGUCCAGAAGUUCCUGGGGGUGACCACACACUUCAACUACUCACAGGCCCUCACGUUUGAUCCUCAGAAGGGCUUCUGGUGUCAGGUCCUGGAGGGAGGGAGGACCAAGUGUCUGGGGAAGAGCAAAGGCAGGAAGUAUCCCCCCAUGGAAACAGAGGCGCGUGCCUAUCUGUCCAGGUACUACAGAGAACAUAACAUAGACUUAUCCAAGCUGCUCCACAAACUGGGCCAGCCCCUCCCCUCCUGGCUAAGAGAGGAACUACAGAAGGUCAGAUAACCCUCACCCCUGGCGCCAGGGUCAAAGGUUAGGGAACUGUGACCAGGACGUUUAUGAUAUGUAUGACAGAGGCUGACCUCUCACUGACCCUGCGGUGAACUUUAGGGACAGCAUGGUCCCUGUGGGAUCCAUGAACUCUGACCCCUUUCUAACCUCACAGGGAAUGGUAGGAUGGAUGGAUGAAGGAAGGAAGGGGUUGGCAGGUUGGAGAAGAAGGGAUGUGUGAGAGAGAGCUGAACAGAAGCUGGACAUGCCCAUGGAGGUGAGACUGAACCAAACAGUUAAGAAAGACAGGAGAGGGAAUAUGAAGCCUUUUUCUACCCGGACCCUGAACUGACCCUUUGACUGAUGAGCGUGCACGUGUGGCCGCCGAGGCGUGCUCGUGGACCCUGUAGAAGCUCUGCUGUCCUCCUUCCUCUCUGUUCUACCUUUUUAAUUUAUGAUCCCAGAACACCACUGCUGGUCAGCUGUCUGGUUUCCAUGGAGAUGGAUUUGCACUAUGUUCCGUUCCAUGCCUCGCCCACAUCGCACCCACCCACACACACAUACACACACACACAGCCACACACACACCCAUGCGCCUCAUGUCUUUAUUUUGUCUGUAAAUGUAUAGAGAAGACAUUGAGGGGACACACACUAACAAAUGUUGUUGCUAGAAUAGAAGGUGAACCAUUGACUCAGGGGCGACAAUUUUUAUUAUGAUCUAUGUCAGAUUUUUUUAAAACAUUUUGUUUGUAUUUUUGUUGGAGUGUGACUGCAGACUCCUCUGUUAGCGGUAUGUGUUUUAAUCAGGCAGAGUUUAAGACAGCCCUAGCCCACCUGUAUGAGACUCCUCCCCCUCAGGGGUCCUCAUCAUUGGCGAUGUGGAGUGACACUGAGUGUUUUUGCAAGGCUUGAUGGAAAUAUUGGGAGUUUUGUUUUUUUGGAUUACUUCCAUUUAUGAAUGGGAUUGGUUCAGUACCAAGGCCUGAAAUAUGCCUCCUGUCUGGUGGUUAUUGCAUUUGUUCUAGAAGGAUCCAGUAAACUUGAAACAGACACACACAGACCAAAAUGGUCCAGAAUUGGACAUAACACCUCUCUCCUCUCCUUGCCUGCCUCCAAAGUCAUUACCGUUUCCGUGACAAGACAGUCUGACAGAACCACCAAGGGUUUCUGGGAAAUGUAGUCCCCGGCUCAACUGGUGACAUUCCUGUUUAAAAGCUCAUGUAUGUCUCUUUGUUUUCUCCUUUUUAACCAGUGGCCUAUCAACACUAUAGCUGCGGUCUGGAUGCAAAACUAUGUCAAUGUCAACUCAGUAAACCAAAAUAAAUAAAUAAA